ACCAUUUUGGAGGUGAGUGUGUAGAGUUGGAGGAAGUGCUCUGAGAGCAGCGCUUGAGCUCUUCCUGCAGUUACAGGGAUGAAUGCAUGAAUGCGAGAGAAGAAAAUGGCGAUCGAGCAGGACAAAUGUUUCCCCUCCUAGACUCUGCAAAUGUGUUGAAUUUCUAUAGCCUUAUUAUUUGCUUUCAUUUCAUCUCUGCUGCACUUUAAACUACAAGAGAGAAUUGGAUGCUAUUGCCACCAAAGACAUUGAGGAGAAGCAACACAGGUCAGGAAAUCAUUCGUAACACGGAUGGAGAGUGGAUGGAGGAAAGUGUAGAGCUCGUUGGAAUGACGAUAAGGAAGAGGGGGCUGGUAUAAAGAGAAGGAACAAAGCUGGAUGUCUUUGAAGGCUUCUGGUAAACCUGGAGAGGAGAGGAAAAUAAAGCUGUGAUCUAAUCCUGUAUUACUUGAAGUGCCAGAACAUAUCAAGUCCAGUUUCAGCCAGCCUCAGUCUGCCAAUUAGAACAGCAGCACCUCCACUGUAACCUGCGCCAUCAGCAAUGCCAAGAGGGCCCCAGCCAGCGGCCAGCCCCAAGCCCUGCCUCGGUACCCGCUCUGUGAAGUUUCGUCGCAUCUCUGUCAGCACAAACAGAAAGAGCUGUUGAAGCGUGGGCAAUCCCUCACGGUCCUUGCUGCCACCCUGGGAACUCAAGUGCAGCUCAACUCUAGCCAGCCAGGGGAGCUUACGACUGAGAGGUCUGUCCUACACUGCGCCCAAAGCCACCUCUCAGGCAUGGCUCCCAUUCGGGAUUCUGUCAGCCACUCCCCUAACCAAACAGGUUUGGAACACGCUGGUCUGGAACCUCAGUAUGAAAGUUCACCGUGGAGCUCUGGCUCACCUUGCAGCGACUCAAAUAGCAACUGGGGAAAAGUCAUUGCAGAUAAGGGAACCUGGCCCUCCAUCACUGGUAGUGACCCAGAGUUAGCCUCAGAAUGUAUGGAUGCUGACUCUGCCUCCAGCUCUGGGUCAGAAAAAAAUCUUAGUAUGAUGGCGCCUGGAAGCACUGGUGGUGACAACAAUGGCAAUAGACAAGGUUCUCAUUUCAUGAUUGCAAAUGGCAGCAAUAAUGUGGGUAAUGGGAGUGUUAAGGGGCCUUGGGGUGUAUCCAAUGGCUCAAUGCUAAGCACAUGUCAAGGCUCCGGGGAUGGCCCCAGUGGCAAGCUGACAGAAAGCAGCCAUGGCAAAAUUAAUGCAUGGGGUACCCAAGGUUCCUCAACCAAUGUAGGUAUAAAUCCAAGCACUUUGAACCCAAAUGCCAACCAUGGUGCCUGGCCCGUUCUUCAGAACACUGGGCCCAAUCCCCACGGGCCGGUGGGGAACGGAAAUGGUGGCACCAACACUCAACAAAGCACCAUAGGUCAAACACCCAGCAUGCAGAGUAUCAACUCUAAGAUGUCCUGGGGAUGCCUGCAGGAAAAUAUGUCCGAAGCUGAAGUCAAUGGUACAAACAAGGUUCCAAGUGGGCAGCCUCAAAACCUUAACACUGAAUUUAAUGGACCAAAUAACACUACUAACACGAUGACCUCUAGUUUACCAAACUCUACAGGUUCAAUGCAGAUGAAUGAACAGCCCCCAGGGCACCGAGCUUGGCCUAUGAGUAAAGGGGGCUCCCCUCAGCUCCCUAUUUCUCCAGUCUCUAAUGGCACUUCCAUUUCUCAACACGGCAACAGUGAGGGAAUUAACAGCGGGUCUUUUGGUACAGCAUGGAGCGUUCCGUCCAGCACUAAUUACUCUGGAGACAAAUGUUCCAUCCCUAAAGGCCAAGCUGUGGGCGACACUGUGAAUGCAACUCUAAUGCAGUCUGGAGCCAACGGCUCCUCUGUGAGUGCUGCUUUAAAGAAUAAUAAUAAUAACGGGAUAGGCGGUCGUGGAGGAGGUUGGGACUCAGCGCCCGCUACCUCACAAAGUAUGUCUUGGGGAGCAGGUAAUGGUGUGAGCCCAGCUGGGAUCCCCCGCCCCUGGGGGAGUGCCUCCUCCUCCUCUUCUUCCUCUUCCUCAUCCUCUUCAAACACUGGCACUAAGGCCUCAAACGGCGGGGAGUGGAACACUUUGCCCAACAACAGUCAGCAUUCCAAUGAUGGCACGAAUGGAAGCAGGAAGGGAACUAAUGGAUGGAAGUCUUUGGAGGAUGAUGCUCUUGGUAUAGGGAGCUCCGUUCAAGCGUCACAAGGCAGCACAUGGAACAAGUCUACAGGCAGUGAAGGUAGCGGAGAGAGCUCGGGAGGUCGCAGUGAGAGGGACGGACAGCGUGGUGGCAACCGAAGGAGGGGUAAUCAGCAGGGUAUGAUCAGUGCAGCUCUCUCUAGAAUUGACGUGGACCCCAGGGUGCUGUCUAACACGGGGUGGGGACAAACUCCAGUCCGCCAGAACACUGCCUGGGAUGUUUCAAGCUCAGAUAAAAAGACAGGAAAUGGACAAACAGGCUGGGGCAGUGCUCCCCCUCAGGCAUCUAACUCAGGUGGGUGGGGAGAUGGACCCAGCACCAACAAAAGUAGCGAUUCUUCAGUGUCUGGGUGGACUGAACCGAAACCUUCAACUGGCUGGGGAGAAACCAAAGGCCCAGCUGUGCAAAGUGGAUGGGAGGAUGCCCCUUCUGUUACAAUGAACAAGGGCAGUUCCUCAUGGAAUAGCACCAAGGAUGAGAAGUCCUCUUGGAAUAAUGCACCGAAGGCAAAGCAAGGAUGGGGCGGCCCCUCUGCUGGAGAGGGAUGGGGCGGAGAAGGCCCAAAGGGAAACCAUUGGGGAGAGCCCCAGAAGUCUAGUUCAGGUGGCUGGGACAGCGACAGUGACCGCUCUGGAUCAGAUCGCUGGAGUGAGCCUGGGCGCUGUGGGACAAGCAACACCUGGGGAGGCAAUGGGGGCACCAAUGCUCCUGACCAGAGUGGUCCAACCACAGGAUGGGGAGAGCCACUGAAGACCAACAAUCAAAACCAAACCUGGGGUGAGCCAAUCAAACCAAGCCACUCCAACCCUGCUUGGGGUGACAACACAAAACCGAACAACUCUUCAGAAUGGGGCAAGUCCCAAGAUUCCAGCAUGGGAACAUUCAGGAGUGGGAACACCUCUCAGACUGGAGCCCCUAGUCAGAACAAGCCUACAGGAUGGUUGGGGGGCCCGAUGCCUGCUGCCUCCAAAGAAGAAUCAUCCACUGGAUGGGAAGAGCCAUCCCCUGAAUCCAUCAGACGCAGAAUGGAGAUCGAUGAUGGUACUUCAGCAUGGGGAGAUCCCAACAAGUAUAACAGCAAUGUAAAUAUGUGGAACAAGAACACUGCUGGAGAGCAGGAUGGCAUGGUUGUUUCUCAGCCCCCACAAGCCCAAAGCUCCAUGGCUCCAAAGGAAAAGAACUGCAGCUCAGGGUGGGGAGAGCCAUAUGGUGGGCCACAAAAAAUUGAGUCCUCUACCUGGGUUGAUCAUGCUGCUCCACCUGUCACUGUGGACAAUGGCACGGCUGCUUGGGGAAAGCCUGUUGAUACAGGUUCCAGCUGGGAAGAGUCAGGGAGGGACUCAGGAGGCAGUGGCUGGGGCAUUGCUGCUGUAGGACAGCAGUCACAGCACAAGUCUGGAUCCAAACCUAUGCAAGACAACUGGUGUGGAGAGGAGAUGUCUAUGGCAGGGCAAUCCAACUGGGGGGAGGAGGAAGAGGAAGUAGAGAUAGGCAUGUGGAACAACAAUCCAUCACAGGAAAUGAACCAAACUGGAAACUGGUCCUACAAGAAGAUGCCUCCAAAGCUAAACAAAGGACCCAACAAGCAAGAUGAUUCUCCAUGGAUGAAUCAGUUUGUGAAACAGUUCAACAACAUGUACCCUAGAGAUUCUGCUGAAGAUUCCCUGAAGAACAAUAAGAUGGAUAUGUCUGGAGGAAUGACAGACAAGCGCAUUGAUGUUGACAAGCAUGUUCUUAAUAUGGGAGACUACGGAAAAAAUCCUGCUUCACGUCACCAGAUUCACAAAGACUCUCCCAUAGACCGUAAUCCCUAUAUGGAUAAGCUUUCACUGCCUGUGUAUGAUAGCUCUGUAGCAGAGGAAUUCCAAAACUCACAGAUCACUUCCAUGCAGAAUCUCAGCUAUUCACCUACAAAUAAUGCACAGCCAAACCAGUGUAACUUGCCAGGGCCUCACCAUCCAAACUCUGUCUCUGUUAGGCAGAAUGUAAACAUGUACAGUGUCGGUAAUGCAGCAGCACAAGGCCGGAACGCCCAGCAGCCUCCAGCACAAUCUCUGAACUCCGCUCAGCCCAGUCUACGCAACCAAGUGCCUCCUCCACUACUUCCCUCUCAGGUUCCUCCACCCCUGUUGAAGUACUCUCCCAAUAAUGGAGGUCUGAACCCUCUGUUUGGCCCACAGCAGGUGGCUAUGCUGAACCAGCUGUCUCAGCUCAACCAACUGUCUCAGCUUUCUCAGAUUAAUCAGUUACAGCGUCUCCUUUUGCAGCAAAAAGCGCAAAACCAGAGGGCCAUGCCUGUUAACAGCCGCCAGCAACAGGAACAGCAGGGUCGUGGUUUGGGUCCGUCACAGCAGAUGAUCCAGCCUCCUCGCCAUCUCGAUCCCUCCCUGAUGAAGCAGCAGACUUCCCCUCAGCCACCCUCACUGCAUCAACCCAGCCUCAAGUCCUAUAUGGAGAACUUCAUGCCCCCCAAUGCCUCUGACCUGCAGAAAGAACAAAGUUCCUUGAGCUCGUUCAGUAAUUUCCCUUUAGGUGGGUGUCCUCCCCAUCUUAAUAUAGGCCAGACUGACUCUAUGUUGCACCAAGCUGCCAAGCCCAACACAAUGUUUGCCUCUGACAUGUCAGGCUAUCAGCCAGCUGGCAUUAGUCAAAGUCAUAGCCUCCUAGCCCCACCUCUGAGCAAUGGCCACAUGGUGCCAGGCUCUCCCAUCAACCCUCGGGUAGGAAAGAACUUCUGUCCUGACAGCAGCUCUCUGCCAGCAAGAGGUUUGAACUCAAACUUGAAUGUAAGCAACCUCGACAUUGGUAGUGUUGGUUUUAAGGAGCCACAGUCCCGUCUGAAGAAGUGGACUGCCAUGGAUAUUUCCGUUAACUCGCCACUUGAUCAAAACCCCAGCAAAUCUGGUGCUAUAACAUCUGGCCUGAGGCUUGAAGACUCACCCUUUGGUCCAUAUGACUUCAUGAAUGCCAGUAACACUCCCAUCAGUCCUCCUGGCUCUGUGGGAGAUGGCUGGCCCAGCCGUGCCAAAUCACCUCAUGGUUCCACCAAUGUCAACUGGCCACCAGAGUUCCGUCCUGGUGAGCCCUGGAAAGGAUAUCCAAACAUUGAUCCUGAAACUGACCCAUUUGUCACUCCUGGCAGUGUGAUUAAUAAUCUCUCCAUUAAUACAGUCCGGGAUGUUGAUCACCUCAGGGACAGAAACAAUGGGCCAUCCUCAUCACUUAACACCACGCUGCCUUCAAAUAGUGCCUGGACAUCCAUUCGUGCCUCCAACCACAAUAGUUCCCUCAGCAGUACAGCACAAAGCACUUCAGCCAGAAACAGUGACUCCAAAUGGUCUCCUGGUACAGUCACCAACACCUCUUUGGCUCACGAGCUGUGGAAGGUUCCUCUCCCCUCGAAAGGUAUCUCUGCUCCGUCCCGCCCUCCACCUGGCCUGACUGGCCAGAAACAGCCCUCAUCUUGGGACAACGGCUCUCUGAGACUGGCAGGCUGGGGUAGCUCUGACUCCAGAUUCAACUCUGGUUCCAGCUGGGGUGACAGCAGCUCAGGGAGAACUAAUUGGCUUGUUCUCAAAAACCUUACACCUCAGAUUGAUGGCUCCACCUUGCGAACUCUGUGCAUGCAGCACGGUCCACUGAUCACAUUCCAUCUGAACCUUCCCCAUGGCAACGCUGUCGUCUGCUAUAGCUCUAAAGAGGAGGCGGCAAAAGCCCAGAAGUCACUGCACAUGUGUGUUUUAGGGAACACUACUAUUCUUGCAGAGUUUGCUAGUGAAGAGGAAAUUAAUCGUUUCUUUGCACAAGGUCAGUCAAUGACUGCCUCUCCCAGCUGGCAGACGCUGGGCUCUUCUCAGAAUCGGAUCGGAUCCAUCGAGGGUUCUCACCCCUUCCCAAACCGCACUGAUCCAAAUCACUGGAACGGCAGCGGGCUGUCAGGAGCCGGCAGCGGAGACCUGCACGGCUCGUCUCUCUGGGGCGUUCCCAAUUACUCCACGAGCCUGUGGGGCAGCCCCAGUGGUGGUGAGGGGGGGAGAAUCAACAGUCCCUCCCCCAUCAGCUCCUUCCUUCCUGUUGACCAUCUGACAGGAGGUGGGGAGUCCAUGUAGUGCAUCUUUCACCUUCUAACUUAAAAAAUAAAAAACGACGACAAAAAAAAACAAAAAAAAAAACUUACAAACCCGUGACCUCAAUGUGGAAAUAGUUAAUCAUAAUCAUAUGACCAUAUAUAUAUUAUGUAUAAAAAUCAAAUGGCACUAGUUAGACUUUCUUCACUUACAAAGAGAAAAAAAAAAAACAAUGCGGGGUCACCCUGUGGAAACAAGUUACGUUUUUUUCUGCACAUAUGUCCACUUUGUUUUAGCCCAAAACAUAUCAGUUUGAAUACUUGAAUCAUGCAGGCCAAUUCUAUAAUGUGAAAGGAUGUAUUUACACUUCCAGGUAGUGCUCUUCAUACAGAAAAAGCUUCAGUUGAGCUCAUCUGUUUAUUCAUCAUGUUUAUUUGAAUUCCAAUUCUUUUCGUUUUGUUUUUAUUAUUUGCAUUUUGUUUGCUGACAAUGUUGGAGUUUGAGCUUUUUUAACUUUGCACUGAAUGUGGUUUUUCUCAGUAUAAUCUGCAAUAUGGAGGGAGCCGACAGUUCCAGUGUAGUUGUUUACUCAAGGAUGUUCUUAAAGUGUGCGCUCUACUAUGCCUUGAUGUACGCCUACCUUAUUGUGGUAUUGUGGAGUUCGAGAUCAAGAUAUAGAUGCUGACUUAGGAUUAUUUGAUGAUAUUACAGAAAUAAGUAUUGCACCAAUUUUGUUUUAAAACUAAAGAAUUUAGCUCUGCAGUGUAAAAAACUGUAGCCACAGCUGUGACUUGCAAACCCGACCUGCAAGCCAGGGGGAACAGCACUUUCAAAAUAGGCUUUCAAUUUUGUUUUGGAGGCGUCACAUUGUGCCCUCUUGUUUACAAAACUUUUUGAGGGGGGAAAGUAUGGUCAUUCUUCCUUUUAUUUUAAAUGGAAAAAUUACAACAAAAAAAAUGCAUAAAGAAUUUUUUAAAAAAUCAUAUAAAAAUUAUAAAAUACAAAAAUGUAAAAAAAAAACAUAAAAAAUCAACUAAACAGGAAAAAAAAAAAAGAAAAAAAUCUUGAGGAUGAAGACGAAGCUUUCUAUCUCUGGGAAUACUGAUCAGUGUUUGGCCAUGUCAUUGGUUAUUUUAUCUAUUCCUCUUGUCUGCUAAAUAACCAGCAUGGUUCUCAGGAAAUAUAGCCAGUUUUCCCCCAUAGAAACUCCUUGUAGGAAAAUCCAACUUUUAGCACUGAAACUACUUAUAGCUCUGUAAGUUUUUCUCUGCCAAAUAACUGCUUUAAGCUGGAGACAUUCUACAUACUGCUUUUCGAAUAUGCUGUCUUUUUAUUAAUGAGUGGAUAUGGUUUGCUGAAUCACUAUCUAGUCCUUCCCUUUUUCCCACUGAGUGGCUCAAUGUUUUUCGCUUUGUGACUGUCGAAGUAACUGUCAAAUGUCAUAAGAAAAAGCAGAAAUCUGUAACUAUGCAUACUGUGGCCAAUGACUCGGCCUACAGAAUCGCUUUUUCUUUGUCUGAAGUAAUGUUUUAUAUGUUUUCAGCAAUUUGCAUAUACAUUGUUUGAUAUAUAUAUAAAUAUAUAUAUAUUUUCCUCAUCGCCAGAGCUGGUGUUAAAGAAAAAUUGUUUGGUUAUUUUAACAGUGCAAAAGUCGUCCACAUUUCAUUGCCUUGAUUCAAAUUGUGUCCGAAGAUGCAACAAGUCAAGUGGCUUUUAACUGUUUACAAAUAGAAAAUGAUUGUAAUGUGUACAGUUUGGUUGUGUUAAUCUGAAGUUCCUUACAAUAUUAAUAAAUCAAUGUUUUGGCUGCUCAUUACCAUUUUAUUUUCAUUUUAAUUUUUUGUUUGUUUUUUUUUCUUCCCCCCUUUUUCCCCCUUUUCCCCCUUCCUCAAAGCUGGUUUGUCAUUGAAAAUGGCUUGCCUCUGUACUUGUGGCCAAGGAAGGCUGGAUUAGAGGUGAAUGUAAUCUGUUGCUGGUAGUUUAAAUAAUAAUGUGCAUAGAUUUACAGACUAUUUACCUUUUAUUGUACUAUAUUUUAGGUGCACAAUUUAUGAGACGCUUCAAGAGCGAGAGGGAGAGAAAGAUGUCAGCAUUAGGCUAAGCCAUGGACCUUAAUAUUUGUUUAAGCUGUUGUUGUUGUUGUUGUUGUUUUUUUUUUUUUUUUCCUCCAGUUUGUUUUAUUUGAGAAGUAGAACUUGUGUGGUGUGUUAACUUAUCCAUAUUUAAUGACUCAUCGUACAAAACCCUGAGUAUUAGCCUCACUUUAUGGUUGCGUGCCAGUAUUGAACCAUUUUAAGUAACUGCUUUACCAAAUAUUCUUCAAUCAAAGGAUUUGUUUACUUAAUUCCAGACCUGGCUUAUCUCAUUUUGUUUUUGUCUGACUAAUUUUAAGUGGAACAUUGGAGAGAAACUACAUAACGAAAGCCGAAAAUGAGUUUUUGGAAUUGCACUUGGUGUACAUAAUGAACUAGAAAAGCUUGUACUGUAUUUGUGUUCUGGAGGCAGAGUGUAGCUUUGGAGACUGGACGGGCCUUUUGUUUGUCUUUUAUUCUGUGUGUACAAUGGCUAGACUCUUUAAGCGUGCGUUUGUGCCUGCGUGUUUGAGUGGUCCACUCCAUUCCUGCGCAUCAGGAGCCCAAGUAUUCUCCUCUUGUACGGGGGCGUAUAACUGCAGGUAUCACCGAUCGGAUUGCCGUGACUUUGUUUACUCCCUCGAUGUGGAUUGCUCAAUCUUUUGUGCUUUAGUUACAUGUUCGUAUGCGUCCGGGAAUAGCGUUAGUCCUUUCUGGAAGUGUGGCGCUGAGCUUUACCAAUGGUUCUUGAAUGGGUUCUUUCCUGCUGUCAUGGCAAACGUGCUAGUUUCCCUAUUCUUCGUGGCUUUGUUUUUCUGAAGUGAACUUUGAAAGCGUAGGGAAAAGCCAUUGGCACCCAGUUUGUUUCCACUUACAAUUAUUCAUUUUAUUUUAUUUUUUGGUUUCAUUCCCAUCCCCCCCACCCCACCCCUUUCCUCUUAAUUUUGUUUUAUGUAUGUGCAGCUGUUUGGUGUUAGACAGAACUGUCAUGCUGAGACAUUUUGAUAAUUCACUGUCAUGCCAAAUUAUCGAGUAGGGGGAGGAAAGGGAUUUGUUUUGUAAAAGCUGGACAAUGUAUAUGCUUCAAAUGUCACUUGCAAAAUGGAUGUUUUGAGGAUAUUCAUGAGCAAUGUACAAUCCCCAUUUUUAUAGCCAGGUUGAACGUAGAGGAAACGAAAAAGUGACUUGGCCUGACAUUCUACUUUUGUACUGAAAAUGUCAUUCUUUUUCUGAUUUAUCCUGUGAGCAAAUAUACCCAUGUCUUUUAAAUGGUUCCUACUGUUGAACAAUGUGCUAAGGCAAUUGACUUAAACUGUGAGUAUUGCUGUCAUGUCAUUAUAAACCCAAAAAGCUUUAGUAAAACCAGCACAAGAAACGGACGAACGAGAGUUUAAAUCGAAACUUCCACCAUGGGGAAAUUCUAAGAGAGUCUAUGCAGUGUAGGAUGAGGCUUCCAUGUCUGUGUCUUUGCUUAGUGAAAUCCUGACCGCGGUAGCGGUCGGAUUUAAAAAUACGAUUCCUGUAAUGUGCCAUGAUUGAAACUUUCUUUGAUUUUAUUUUUUGUCUCAAAAAUUGGCCAGUUGUAGCAAAUGGAGGGUCGCAUUAACAUUUCCUUUUUCACAGCGCUCCUCACUGAACGGGCUGUGGAAUAGCAAAUUCUUCUAGUGGUCUGUCCAGAAAUAGUUUGCUCACAUGUAACCUAUAUGCACACUGCUUUGGUAGACUGUUUGAAAAUUAAUAGAAAUAAACAUCAAUAAGAUAACUUAAAUGAGCAGGAAGUUCUUUUCAGCGUCUUCCUGGGGUCAUCUUAGAAUUUUAACUUGGGGAACUGCACUUUUUGAAGGACAAUCCUUAUUUGUAUUGGUAACAAUUGACACAAGGUUUAGUCUAGUAAUACAUGGUAGAUACUCAAAUGUGUAGUGAUGAAUGUUUUCUGUAAUGCUGUUUUUUUUUUCUUUUUUUCUUUUUUUUUUUUCUCUUUGUUGCUUGGUUUUCGAUUUUAGUACCCUUAAGUGCAUAUGUAACGAGGUAGAGGUAAUAGAGUAGUUUUAGGUCUUUUGUUGGCUGUACUUGUAGACUGAUAAUAACUGUUUGUAAAGUCCUGAUCUUGAUAUCGGAAUACAAAGCUGUAUAACUUGGGUACAACCCGCAAUAAAGCCUAACAGUGA